AUAAAAGCCAACCCAGCACUCUACCUUGAUGAGAUGGAGGAGCAGCUCUUUGCAGCUUGGGAUGUCUUGGUCUCCCUAGCAAGGCUGUCACAAACUCUCCGACAACUUAAUAUCACCCACAAACAGGUAGCCCAGGAGGCUCUUGAGCGCAAUGAGCUCCUGCAUGCAACUUGGCAAGGUGCCUACAGAGAUAUUCCAAUGCAGUACAUGGUGUGGUUAGAUGAGUCAAGCAUUGAUGAUUGCACAAAUCAGUGGAAGGAGGGC